CUCUCCACGGCGUGACGCGACGAUGACAUCAUAGCAAUUCCAUCGGUCGCGCUCUCGAGCUCCAGACAGAACAGAAGAAGUGAGCGCGUCGCGAGGCAGAGGACUCAACAGCGUUCGGCACAAUAACAUACCUGUGCACACUCCGGGCUUUACUAGCAGUUGGAGCGGACUGAGAUCGCGAUCUGACGAGCCUCAACAACACAGCGCCAUACAAUCUUUCGCAAAGUGAAAGAUUUUAUGCUAAAGUUUCCAGGAUUUGUUUAACCUCGCGCGGACGAGAGCGGAAUGAGCGACUUUACGAUGAUAAACUGUUGCCUGAUUCUCUGCGCGUGUCUUCUGUCCAGCCAAGCGGUCUGGAGUCAACGUGUUCGAGUGGAACCCGAGGUCACUGCGUAUCCAAAUGGAUCUGUCAAUCUGCGCUGUGAGUUCAGCGACAGCGGAAGCACCAAACUCACACAGGUUUCCUGGAUGUUUGAGCGUGUGGAGGGUGAUAGGCACAACAUUGCUGUGUUCCACCCUCUAUAUGGAGCCAGUUUCCCUAAUAAAGACUUUGAUGGCCGAGUAUCGUUCACUCGGGGCUCCCUGGAGAACCCCUCCAUUAGGAUCGACAAACUGAGGAUGGCUGAUGCUGGCAGGUACAUCUGCGAGUACGCCACUUACCCCAGUGGAAACGAGCAGGGGACUACCACUCUUAUCAUGCUGGCCAAACCCAAAAACUCUGCUAUCGCCAUCCCGGUGCAAGCCGGCUCUUCUGAGGUGGUCGUGGCCAGGUGUGAAGCAGCCCAAGGAAAACCAGAGGCAACAAUCUCCUGGAUCACAGCCAUUGCUGGCCGCUAUAACCACACCUCAGUGCCCGAGAUGGACGGGACGGUCACUGUGAAGAGCGAGUAUCGGAUGAUCCCGACACCUUCUGAAAACGGAAAAGAAAUCACCUGCCUGGUGAAUCAGAGGACGCAGAUCGAACCCAAAUCCUUCCCGCUGAAGCUGGUGGUGGAGUAUCCACCCACUGUGACAAUAGAAGGGUAUGACAAUAACUGGUAUAUGGGUCGGACUGAUGCCGUUUUGACCUGCCAAGCUGAUGCCAAUCCAGCACCCACUAAUGUUACCUGGAGAGCGCUGUCGGGUCAGUUGCCGCCUUCGGUACGAGUGGAUCAAAACCGGCUGCUGGUGAGGAAGGUGGACGAAACGGUGAACACCACUUUUGUGUGCGAGGCGAAGAACAGUCUGGGCUCUGGCAAGAAAGAGCUGGUUGCCAUGGUCAUCGAGUCGACUGAAGACCCGUCCAGUGCUGGCAUGGUGGCCGGAGCCAUUCUGGGAAGCUUCUUGGCGCUCGUUUUGGUCAGCGCAUUGGUCGCGGUGUUAGUGAUUAGAAGUCGCCGCCAUCAGCACGGAUAUUCGGGCGAUGGUGAGCAGGGCGCUUAUGGCAACAAAACCCGUCUUUUUGGAGGCAAGAAAGCUAGUAAGAACGGCGCGGGAGCCAACAACAAUGGGCCGAUCUACACGUACCGUGAAAGCGAGCCAGGUGCCCUGACGGAGAAAUGCAAUGAGUUCCCGCGCAUGACCGGAAGCACGCCAACUGCCCAUGACAUCCUGCUGAGCGGCGAGAUGAACGAUGCUGAGCGCAGGAAGUUUGACGCUCUCAACGACAGCCUGGAGGAUGAAGAAGAGGACGAAAGGUAUGACCAUUUCAGAGGACUGCCGCCCAGCUACCAAAUCCACCGGCACGAAGACGAGUGCACACCUUAUCUGGACGAUGACAUGGAGUCCCAGCGAGACGGGUCCAUCAUCUCCCGGACUGCCAUUUACGUCUAGAGGAAGAAGAUAAUACACCUGACUGAUAUUUACUUGACCUUUUAAAACAAAAAGACGGAAACUUGCCAUCUGAGGAGCGGAACAGAACAGUUAAUGUCACAUCUGUAGACAAAAGCACUAAUUAUCAAACCGAAAACACAAAUUAAUGCUACUCUCCUCACAAUGUGUACUUUUAAUGCAUAAUACUGACUAAAAAUAAGAGUUAAUUGGUUGUUGUGUAACUGUAACUUGUUAACGCCCAUUCUAGCCAGAAUCCAUCUUUCGUGGUUGAUUCACUCCCAUCAGCACAAUAUCAAGUAAGCUUUUUGAAGUGAAAAGAAAGCCUUGUGAUUAAGCAUACAGGAUUGUCAAUGCUACAUCGCACGAGUGGCGCAGCAAGCUGUGACCUAGAAGCUAAGGCCGCUCUCCCAGGUUGCAUACCACAGGCUUCUUUUAUCAAAUCCCGGGAAUGUUGUCUUCGAGAACAGCUGGAUGUUUUGUCAAUGAAACCAAAAACAGGCAACGCAACGCUUGCUCCAGCAUCUGGAUCAUUGAUCUGUGGCACCGAUCGACUCCAGCUGUGAACGCUUUUAACUUUCCCCCACUAUUUCUUAGCUCUCGUUUAUUAAUUGGAUGUCUUGUUACACUAAAGGAAUUUUCUGAAUGACUCGAGGGGUUCUAGGCAGAGGCGUAAUAGUGUUUUUUUUUUUUUUCUCCGUUCUCUCCUGUCAACCUCUGCAGAACGGUUUGUUCUGGGCCAUGUUUAAUUCAGAAGAGUGUUGUGCAUUAGCCGCGUGCAUUUUUGGCUGAUGCAUGUUUUUCCCAACCCCUGAUUAAUCCAGUUAUAUCAAAACCAUAAAACGCAACAUCUAAAAACUGCAGACAGGAGCACGACUAGCUUCAGCAUGAAUCCUUCCAGGAGGAAAUAGGCUUGGAGUCUACUGCAUCUUCACUAAAACAGAUUAAGUAGAUUAAUGCACAUCGUAGAUUGGCGGCAAAGGCUGGGCCUUGAGAGAAACACAACUGAUGUGCCUUUGAGUGUGGGAUUAUGUGGACGGCGGAGCGCUUUACGGACCUCAGCGGGGAGCGAUAAGCCAGGCGGCAUAUGCUGCCCAGUUCAACGGAGUCCACGGUGUUGAAACGCUGCCAGCUGUGAAAAAAGGUCAAGGGGCGAAGCGCUCUCACCGUAUGUUCGGCAGCAAGAUUAGGCCACUCGCUUUACCGAGUCCCUUUAGAGCCUUUCAACGCUUUGUUUUGAAGCCUCGCACAUAAGCCAACUUUUUUUUUAACUACAAAAAAAGACAUUUCGGACAACUAUGUGUGUGUAACAAUGUGCAUCCAGAUGUGGAUUCAUUUGUCUCUGGGUUGUUGGCGAGCACGUGCUUUGCAUAAUAUCAUGCCGCUUGUAUGAACGCUUCGGCAGUGCUUUAAAUUACUUGAGCCAUGACUCAUUCAUCCUUGGUUUCACAGCAUCGAGCCUUCGGUGGAGGGAGGUUAGAGCGAUAAUGACAAAGGAGCAACACACUCACCGAUGCGACGCUACCCAGACAGAAUGGCAUAUCCAGCAAAGCAGAUAUAGCAUGAGUAAUUUGGAGAUUAUACUAUCUGGACCCAGUGACUGUAAAGGCGGUUGUUACUCUAGCCUACAGUGUUCACCCACGCUGCAGACUUGCAAGGCUGUUAAUUUUUAUCCUCCCUCCCUAAAGCUAUUCAAGUUGCAUCACUGCACUGAAAAAUAAGGAUGGCAAAGCUACUUUUUUGAGAGCUGCUCAGGCCUUGAAAUAUUCAGGCUGAUAACGACGACAAAAAUGAAGUGGAGAGAGAAAAUAGGGAACUUGUUGUGCCAGUGAAUAUUGUGCUGUUAGCAGUAGCAAAGGUAUUAACUUCACCUGUUUAGUAUGAAUGUGGAGUCAAUGUCAGGCAGAUUCAUGCAUUCAGAGAGCCCUGUGAUGUAUUGUGAGUAACUGUGCUGAACGUUUGACUUUAAAAUGCUGUUCGAGACUUGAGAAUACUGAAAGAGCAAUGCUGCCAAAUCAAGUUUUCACAACUUUUAGUAUUAGUGUUUUAAUAGAAUCUUUUGUUGAAUUUCUCUGAAUGUUAUUAUAGAAUAUUAGUGUUAAGGGUUACAUAGCGAUGCCAUGUUCUCAUUCACACAAUCCCAAGGCUGCAUAUUAAUGCAUAUUAUCUGCAUAGAUUAAUUACUGAAAUAAUUGGGCAAAACUCACUCAGAAUAUGACUGGGUCACAUUUUACUGCAGAAUCAGAAAAUAAUUAAGGAACUUUAUUUUGCAUAAAGAAUCUUGUGUUUUAUUAUGGGGAUUUAAAUUUUAAGAAGCAAUUAUAGUACAAUAAAGCGUGUGUUUAAUAAAGCCAUAAUGCAAAAUAGGCCCCAUUAACUUUAUGUAACGGGAUUUAGCAGAUUUUUUAUUUUGGAGUGAAAUAUGACCUGGACUUCACCUGGCAAUAUUUGGAGAUGAAAGAUACCAUCUAUCCACAUGUUCUCAAUAAUAUGAAACAAAAACACAUGUUUUGAUAAGUUGAUGUAAGUGCCUUCUGGGAUGUGUUUUUAGGGUUGGAGGCUCGCCGCUAUUCAUGCGAUGUUGAAAUCCUAUAUAUUGUAAAUUAAUGCCAGACUUAAAGACUGCAAUCAACAAUAUUAAUAAAAGAAGAAAAACAAGACCACCUGAGCAACGGCAAAUUGUCCCCAUGUGAUGCUUCUUAAUUGCUCCACAUUAUGGGGCAAGUCAUUAUUAACUCGUCAGCUGUGGA